UUUAAGCCGCUGUCCGACUCUCUCCUCAUCCGUCUUUCCUUGGCUCUAUCUCUCUAUCCAUCUUCACCAAAGACAAAGGAAGCCCUCCAUCAGCACUCCAUCAGUCUCUCCAGCGAAACCAACUCAAGAAGAUUCCAAGAUGCCGGACACAAUUAUGUCCAAGGAACCCUCUUCCAACCUGGAGAAUGCCAUGCAGAUGCUGAUCAAAACCUUCCACAAGUACUCGGGGAAGGAGGGGGAUAAGUACACUCUGAGCCGAGGAGAGCUGAGAGAGCUAUUAACAGAGGAGCUGGGGAGUUACCUAGGGAACGCCCGCGAUGGAGAAGGGGUUGAGAAGGUGAUGACUGAUCUGGACGCCAACAGCGACGGCGAGGUGGACUUCACAGAGUUCAUCAUCCUGAUGGGAGCCUUAACGGUGGCUUGCAACGACUUCUUCAUGGAAUACAAGCCUGAGAAACUCGUCCACACACCCUUUGAGAAAAAGGAGACAACGACAGAGGAGAAGAAAGAAUGAAGGAAAGA